AUGGUAUUCGGAGUUAUUGGCAGGCCAGCAAGUGGUCACAGCUUUGCCAUCUAUGGCAUCCGGUUGAAGAAUUUCCUUGAUCCGCAGCAGCGCGCGUCGACAGCCUGCGCUGGACCGGCGCCCGGGGCCGUCCGGCGCGACGCACCACGCUUCGGGGAAGCCCCUGGCGGCGGCGGCGGCACGCUGCAGUGGGCGCUAACAGCUGUAAUGUAUGGAUUCAUACAGUUGAAACAAGACUUGAAAGGAAGUUUCACCUUUUUGGAUACACUUUAUUUUGGAGCACUCAUUUCAUCUACAGAUCCCCUUACAAUAUUGGCAGUUUUCCAUGAUUUACAUGUAGAUGUUAAUCUAUAUGCUCUUGUGUUUGGAGAAAGUGUUCUAAAUGAUGCAGUUGCCAUUGUAUUAAGUGGAGCUAUUCAGAAUUAUGGAGAGCGAUAUCAGUCAGGCUCUGGUGGCUUUGAAACCAAUGCCUUCUUCAGAGCAUUAGGUGACUUCAUAGGAAUAUUUAGUUUAUCAUUACUUAUUGGUGCAUUGAUGGGCUGUUUGACUGCAGUUGUUACAAAGUUUACCAGAGUUCGAGACUUCCCGCUCCUGGAGUCUGCUCUGUUUGUACUGAUGUCAUACAGUACAUUUCUAAUUGCCGAAGCAUCAGAACUAACAGGUGUUGUUGCAGUCCUGUUUUGUGGUAUUUGCCAGGCUCAUUACACUUAUAAUAAUUUAUCAGCAGACUCGAGAUCUCGGACCAAGAAGUUAUUUGAGCUGCUCAACUUCUUAGCAGAAAACUUUAUUUUCUCAUACAUUGGAGUAUCGAUGUUUACAUUUCCUAAGCAUCGCUUUGACAUAGGCUUUAUUGUUAUAGGAUUUAUUUGUGCAAUGUUGGGUCGAGCUGUGAAUAUUUAUCCUCUCUCUUUCAUCUUGAAUCUUGGACGUAAGCCACAAAUUCCGUGGAACUUUCAACAUAUGCUCUUCUUUGCUGGUCUGAGGGGUGCUAUGUCAUUUGCAUUAGCAAUUCGUAACACUGUGUCUGAUGCAAGAAAAGCAAUGCUGACUACAACAUCGCUUAUUGUUAUUAUCACUGUGAUUGUUCAGGGUGGAGCAACUAUGCAGUUGCUUACAUGGUUCAAAAUACCUGUUGGUGUUGAAGAAGAGGUUGAGAUGUUGCCAUACACUGGAAUGCGAAAUGUGUACAAUUCAAUGGGAACCACUGAUGGGGACGUAGUUGAACCUCCUCCCAGAGAAAAUGUGAAAGUGAAUGAGAAGGCUUGGCUGGCCCGAAUCUGGGCAGAUUUUGAUGUUAAAUACAUGAAGCCAUUCCUUACUCACGCACGACCCACAUUAUUAGAAACACUUCCAGUGUGUUGUAAUCCACUUGCAAGGGUGCUUACUACCACAGAACAGAUGACUCAGGAUGGUCAAACACGAUCACAUAUGGAUUCUGAUUCUGAUCUCUGUAUCGAAGAAAAUGAUGUUGGUUUCAAUGCUCAGUCAAGACCAGCUACAAGGAGUGUUAUCACUAGUCCUCAAAACAACGACCAUCAGUAUCAGUUUUGAAAAUGGAACAUUGAUUGUUUCUUGGUGGCUAAAACAGCUGCUUGCUGCAUGUUGAGAGAAACAAUUCAUUCCAUUUGCGAAUUUACAUGGUAUGCAGUAGGAAUGUUUACAUGCUCAUAGGACUUUUGUUAAUCGAUUAAGUAUUGUAAUGUUGCUGUGAAAUCGAACAUUUUCAAUAAGAAGUUUGCAGUCUGUAAAUCUCGCAUAGCCAAACUGUAAGGAUAAAGCCUCAAGGAAUUGCAGUUAUACUGAGAACUAUGUUCAGUCUGUUAUUUGUGUGCUUGUUCUUUUUGUUUUAAUUAAUAUUAUUAUUGGUGGCACUUGUGUAUUUAAUUACUUGGGCAUUGGCACUCAUCAAAUGUGGGUUUGUGGGAAUUGUGAGAGCUUGAGAUUCAACUUAAUUUAAAUUAGUUUAAACAUAACACUUGGUGGAUUUUAUUGAACUUACUGCUAAAGUUUUUUCAAAAUAAUCUCUUCAGCUUCUAUUUUUUCUGCCCUCAUAUCAUUUCCCCACAAGGACCCAAUGUUAGGUGUUCAAGAUGAAAUUACCAGGAUGUGCAAAAAAGUGGGUGCUUUUUAUGUAAACCAUUCUUUCAGUAGAAUGGCUGAAGUUUGAAUUUUUAACAGUGUUUUCUUUUCAUGAUCAUUAUUUUUCAUCAUGUCUCUCUCUCUCUACAAAACUAAAUGGUUGGGCACGGUUUUAUUGGGUAUGUUCCUGGAGAACAUAUUAUUAUGAACUCUAGAAUGAAGAGAGAAAUGAAUACGAAAUUGCAGAGAGGAGUGAAUUGGAGAGUGGGGAGAGAGGAAGGAAUUGGGGAAAGGGUUGAAGAAAGAAACAGAAAUGACAAUAUAUCAGUUCAUGAUUUUAAGGGGUAUAAUAAUCUGAAGAUUUCUUAAAUGCUGCUGUCAAUGAUGGCAUAUUAUGUGAAGAUGUAACAGGCAAGAACUUUGGAGAAACCCACAUGUAUAUUGAAGUUUUCUCCAAACCGAAUGUUUCCCCAGCAUAAAUCAAGAUGUUGUGUCUUGAAUACAUGUAACACAUACAGUAAAUUCCCAUGAAUUGACAUUUAGUUGAAUUUGACAUAGAAUAAGUGCCAACUUUGCCCAUAAAAUGUUUUAACAGCACUUCUAUGAACCUGACUCUGCUAAGCUCAAGCAAUUGUUCUUUGUGUAUUUGAUUAUUAGAUUGGUGACUGGGCAAGGGAAGAAACUCGAUUCUUUCUUGAGUGUGUUGAGGUGAAUUUUCCUUCUCAUUUGUAACUGCUGUGGAUAGUAUAAAUAAAUUAAUGAAAAUUAUUUGUGAUAUGUACAAAAAGAAUUGCUAUAAAACAUUAUAAAUUGUAUUAUUUGCUACAUGAAUGUAUGCAUUUUCACCUUUCAUUUGAGAAAUUCUUCACAUUUCGUUUCAGUUCAAAUAACUUCCAAAAUAGUUAACAUUUUAAACCUGCAAGGGAAAUGUAUAUAUUUUACAUCAUGAAACGCUUGAUUUUAUUCUUCUCUAAAGGUAAUUUAAAGAUUGCUUUUAAAACUUCUUUGGCCUCGGUACUGCAGUAGAAUGAAUGUAAAGGGCUUAAAAGAAUUUCACUCUUAUUGGUGAUAACCCAUUAUUCACAUCCUCUUGUGAUAUUAGAGAGAAAUAGUGUAGUUUUCUCCCUUCUUUCUGUCUCCUGCUGUUACUUUUUCUGACAAUCACAAACACGUUUUUCUAAUUACAUUCUUCUUUUCGUUUUCUCUUGGUCAGAGUUCAGCCACAUCUGUAGUCUCUCGUAUUCUAUGUGGACUUUCAUAUUUGGGAUCUUUUAUUCAUUCAUACCUUGCAGUCAGUGAAGUUCAAGAGGAUAAUUGGACCAUAAAAGUGAAAAUUGACUAUUUUCAUAAACUGUUUUAUUUAUUGACCAGUUGAGUUUUAUAAAGAUAUUUAAUAAGGUCACAUUUCACAUUUUACUCUCAAAGUGGUUAUUUACCAUAAGGAUAGUUCAUAAUAUUAAUUAAACUUCUAUUUUUGCCUUGUGUAUUGUCUUAGUAAAUAUACACUUACGUUGGUUGAUCAUUUAAGAUACAAUGCUUACUUGCUGUUAAAUAGGUGAAUUGCUCGGUAUAUCCUUUUGUCUUCAUUUUUUGACUUUCACAAGCAGACAUAAUAAAAGUUUCAAUAAAUUCUCAGUUUCGUUCCUGAUACAACUCAAAAUUGAAGCAAGAUGGGGAAAUGCAUCCAACAUUUAAAACAAAUAUUUUAUUACUCAUAUAAUGCUAGAUAUUGUGUGUUUAAUUAUAAGAUUAUAAAGAAGUAGAGAACUGAAUUUCCAGCUUUCAAUAUGUAUCAAAGAAGGAAAAAAGCUCAGUUCAUCCAAGAACAGGAUAAAUAUAACAUAAAAUGUUGCAAAAUCAUUAUACAUUCGGUAUUUUUAUCCUUGGAUAUGAACCUGUAUUGUUUAAGUGAAGGGCUGUGUUCCAAAAAUAUUGUGCAUCUCAUAACGACAAUAAAUUUUUAGAGAUACCUAAAAUAUUUAGUUUAUCAGAGGUGAAAGAAAGAAGAGUUUUUAAAGAGUAUCUAUAAAGUAAAGCUAUUGAAAAGUUAGAUUAAAUUAUUAAAAUAGAGAUUGCGGUAGAGUAAUUUACUGCUAUCAAAUCUUCUUUUGAAUUAUGUUUUAUAGAGUGAAAUUGUGAAUAGCAAUGAUUAAACCUCAGAAUCCAUGCAUAGUAACCCCAAUUUUCAAAGUAAUGAGUAAGAUGAGAUAUUGUAAAAAUACAUUAGUAUUUAACAAAAUAUGCCUCAAACUGAGAAAUUAUUGAGCUCAUAUCCAUUUUAAUCUUUGUUAUACCUUUUUUUUAACCCUAUACAGAAAUCUGGUACAGCAUGUUGCUUCACGGUUGUUCCAAGGUAUAGGUCCCUUUUUUCAAAAUACCUCUUUUUAUUAAAUGGAAAAAAUAAUUAAUUCUGUUAAUUUUAUCUUGUGCAUACUCUUUUUUAAAUGCAGGGUUAAUUAAGCUUAAAGUCGUUCAUAUGACCUCCAAAUCUUGGGAGGAAUUAAUUGGAAAUUUAUGAAUGUGUUAUUUCUCAUCUGUACAUGAUUGGGGCAAGCAUCCAGAUUGAAAUAUGCAUGUUUGGAUUAAAUCAGAAGGUAGUUGUGUGCUUUGUAUAUUUUGAAGUAGAUCCUUAAUUGUAUAUUGUUGAUGUUCUGCAUAUUAUCCUUUUGUUAAAUUUAUGUGCUUUUACUUUCGUAUUGGAUUGUACUAAAAAUACAUAUAAAUAUUUCAGCAUUGGAGGUGUAAAUAUAUCCAUAGAGUAAAAUGCGAUUUGACUCAAUAGAUUUGCAUUGCAAUGAACAUUUCAUUUUCUUGUCAGGCAUGUAUAUCCAAAUUAUUUUCAAUUUGUUUGUGAUAUCUGCAUGCAUAUAUUCAUGUGAGUUAUUAUGUUAAACACAGAUUUCAAAACCAUUUAAGUGAUGUGACGAACAUGUUAUGAGAUUUAUAUUAUUUAUUGUGAUAUCAAUUUUAAUUCAUGUUGUUUUAUUUUAUUAUUCAUUUAUGUUUUAAUAAAAUUUCUGUUAAGUUUCUAGGUUUGUGAAACUUGUCUCUUUUGAAAUAUUAUGAUAAUCACCACUGCAGUUCCUACUUUUGGAAGUGCUGUGGUAUGAAUGUUCUUUCAUAGUGCCUGUGAUUUUAAUAAUACAAAAUUAUUUUUAAAUCAUUUUAAUUGGUUAAUAGUUGGAUAUCAGUAUUAUCUAGAUAUUUUAAAAUAAUUUUAGAUCUUUCUUGCUACUUAUUUGUCUUGCACAGUGUGGUUUGCACAGUUUUGUGCAAUUAUGCUUGUAAAGCUUCAAAGAAUAUGUGGUAGUUAUAUUUUUCACGUGUCCUAUUUUGAUACUUAAAAUAAUUGCUAAAUUUAUUGGUUGUAAAUGCGUAGUAUCCUAGACUUCUUUUGUAGAUACAACAAUUUAUCAGAUGGAAACCAUAAAUUGGACAGAACACACAACUGUAAUAUGUGCCAUUGUUCACAUUGCUAGCAGAUUCGAUAUUUAACUAAUGGCUUACUAUACUGUGUAAAGAUCAGUCUUGCAUAGGAGCCUUGCCAAAUAUGAAAAUUUCAAAUAAAAUAAUUUUAGUAGAUUUGUUUCAUUGGCAAGUAAACAGGACACUGGAGUAUAAACUGCCAUAGUUCUUGUACAUGAAUAAUAAAUGUGUUUUAAUCAGUAAAUAGGACUUCCCACAUUUGUUGUUUACAAGUUGCAAAUGUUUUGUGGUUUGUCAGUUCCUAUUAUUAGAAUAUUGAAAAUCAACCCAAGCACUGUAAUAGUUUAGAAAAUAGUAAAUGUUUUAUUUUAA